AUGUCUAAUAUGGAUUCAGUACAAGAGUUAAUAGCUGCAGGUGAAAGGUUAGGUUACAAAGAUGAUGGGUUGAAAAAAUAUGUUAGUGAUCAACAGAAAUUUCAGAGAGAAGAGAGAGCAGAAAUACGUCAAAAGGAAAAAGAUGAAAGAGAACAUCAACUUAUGAUGGAACGUUUGUACUACGAAAUGAAAAUGAAGGAGUUAGAAGAGGAACACGAGUUAGAAAUGACAGAGAGAACUGCUAGAGGUAAGGCUGUUGACGCAAUGGUUAAGCCCAAUCUUCCCAAAAUUCCUCCAUUCGAAGAGAAUAAAGAUGAGAUCGAUAGCUAUUUGAGAAGGUUUGAGAGAUAUGCUACCGCUAUGGGUUGGGAAAAAUCGUUGUGGUCUACACAUUUAAGUGCUCUGUUAAAAGGACGAGCUUUGGAUGUCUAUGCUCUCAUGUCUACAGCAAAAGUCAGUGAUUACGAUGAGCUCAAAGCAGCUUUACUUCGUGAAGUAGAUAAUGCAAGAAAACCACAUGAUCCAGAUCCAGAAUGGAAACCAAACACUGUGUCUACUGUGGAGACGCGAAAGCAGGUAAAAGACAAACAGAAAGCAUACCCACCACUCAAGGUUCCUGAAAUCGUCAAAGAGGAAAUCGGUCCUGAGGACAUACUGCGAGAACAACAAGCAGAUCCUUCGCUAGAAACAGCACGUCAGUAUGCAAGAGAAGGUCGAACAUCACGUGAUGGUAAAGUAAAAUGGAUUGAAAGGAAAGGUUUACUAUACCGUGAAUAUGAAGGAUUAGAAAAAGAUAGAGGUAAAACCUAUUGUCAGCUCAUUGUUCCUGCAAAGUUUCGCCAUAUUGUAAUGAAGUUGGCUCAUGAAUCAAUUAUGUCAGGGCACUUAGCAAUACAGAGAACGAUUUCUAGAAUUUUGUCAGAAUUCUUUUGGCCAGGUAUGCAGUCCGAGAUCAAACGGUUCUGUCAAUCUUGUGAUACCUGUCAAAGGACAGUGUCAAAAGGAAAGGUGAGUAAAGUUCCGUUAGAUAGCAUGCCUUUGAUAGAUGUACCUUUCAAAAGAGUUGCAGUCGACAUUGUGGGUCCAUUACAUCCUCCUACUGAUAAAGGUAAUCGCUUUAUUUUAACGUUAGUAGAUUACGCUACAAGGUUUCCACAAGCCAAGGCUCUUCCUGGAAUAGAUACCGAGCGGGUAGCUGAAUCUCUUCUCGAAAUGUUUUCUUAUACAGGCACACCAGAGGAAAUCUUGACAGACAUGGGAAGUCAGUUUACUUCAGGGCUUAUGAAAGAGGUUAGUAGGCUCAUUUCAUUGAAACAGCUGACCACUACGCCAUAUCACCCUAUGUGUAACGGGCUAGUGGAACGUUUCAACGGUACACUCAAACAAAUGCUGAAGCGUAUGUGUAUAGAUAGACCUAAAGAUUGGGAUAAAUAUUUACCCACUGUGCUUUUUGCAUAUCGUGAGGUUCCCCAAGAAAGCCUCGGGUUUGCUCCCUUUGAGUUAUUGUAUGGCCGUACUGUUCGGGGACCAAUGACAAUUCUGAAAGAAUUGUGGACAAAAGAAAUCCAAGAUCAGCAGGUAAAGUCUACAUACCAAUACGUUUUAGAUCUCCGAGAGCGGUUAGAAUCAACAUGGGAGUUAGCGCAGGAGAAUCUGAAGAAAGCAACACAUAGACAUAAAGUGUACUUUGACAAGAAGGCUAGAGUGCGGAAUAUGAAACCAGGUGAGAAAGUUUUGGUUCUUUUGCCAUCUGAUAGUAACAAGCUCCUAAUGCAGUGGCAAGGUCCAUACCAAAUAGUGAAAAGAUUAGGUAAAGUAGACUAUCAGUUAGAAGUAAAGGGCAAAGUAAAGACAUAUCAUGCAAACAUGUUGAAGAAAUAUGUAGAAAGAUGUGAACCAGUUGUGGAUUGUGUUAUGUCAGUUGUAGAUUCAGAACAGAUUGAUGACUCAGAUGUUGAGUGUAGUCAAGAAACAGAUUUCUUGGAAGUUCAGUCUCGAGAAACACACGUUGAUGUAGAUGUAAAUCCAGAGCUUAGUAGAGAGGAAAAGCAGAAAAUGAAAGAACUUCUGUACAGGUAUAGUGAUGUUUUGUCAGACGUACCAGGGCAUACGCAUGUACUCGAACAUGAGAUAUGGUCGACAACAGAUAGACCUGUAAGAGUAAGUCCAAGACAAAUCCCGUUCGCUAUGAUGGACACUGUUAAAGAUGAGGUGAGCAAGAUGCUAGAAUUUGGGGUCAUAGAACCUUCAGAUAGUCCCUAUUCAUCCCCAAUAGUCCUUGUGGUCAAGAAAGACUACACUUAUCGCUUUUGUGUUGAUUUUAGGGCUCUCAAUCGUAUCACUGUGUUUGACGCUGAACCAAUGCCAGAUGUCGAUGCAAUGUUUGCUAAACUAUCAGGUCAUAACACCAGCAACUUUUUGUCGUCUCAUGCGUGA